GUGCUUUCAGGUUAUGACGAGGCUUUGCACAGUCAGUACCACUUUUGCGCGGAAGAAGAGACAAAAUACAUGGAUAUUACAUACGCAACCUUGGUACAAUAUUCUUGAAUAUGUUUAUUUUUGUUGAAAAGGAGCUUCCAAAACAUGUUUCUGGGUGUAUUUUUGAUUUUCCAGUGCUUCAUUAAAAUAACAAGUAUAAGGAUUAUUGGUCAUGAUACAUCAGUCAGGUUGGGAGAAAGUGGCACGUUCUUUUCUCAGUUGACAGACACUGAAGAGAGUCUAUCCCGGAUUAUAUGGCGGAAAAAGACGCGAGAAGACCCUGUGGAGAAAUCUUUUUUCAUCAUUUUACCAGAUGGCAGAACAGAAAACAUAAAUGGAUUAAAGGGCAGAAUAAAAUUCAUUGGUAACAUUGCAGAAAAAAAUGGAUCUGUUCAGCUGCUGGGAAUGAGGCUCCUGGAUGAAGGGAUCUAUACUUGCAUCUUCAAUUUAUUUCCCAGUGGACCAUUCGAGACCAACAUCAAUGUCACAGUUCUUGUUCCUCCUGAGGUUACCGUGGCAGGGGCGAUGCCUGUUUCUGGUGAUGUAAAUGUUACUUUGGCAUCAUGCUUUGCUGCCAAUGCACGGCCUGCAGCAAAAGUGUUGUGGAGUUUAGGAGAUCUGCAUAGCUCCCUGAGGACUGAAACCAGCCACACAAUGCAUUUGAAUGGAACCUUUACUGUGGUGUCCAACCUGGUUGGUGUAGCAUCCAAAGAUUUAAACCAGCAGAAGGUCCAGUGUGUGGUAACACAUGAGGCCCUGGAUAACAAGCUUGUGCUGGACUACUCAAUAAACAUCCAUUAUCCUCCAGAAUCAGUGUUGAUAAUUCCAGACAAGCCAACAGCGCCUAAAGAAUUUCAGUGUUUAGUUGAGUCUAAUCCAAGACCGACCAACUACACAUGGACUAGAGUAAAUAAAACUACUCUUCAACUUGAAGGAAACAAGCUUCUUGUCGCAAAACUGUCCCCUGACUUUAAUGGCCUGUACAUCUGUAAAGCUUCAAACCAGUAUGGAAGCUCUUCAGGUUCCCUGUAUAUUCAUGUUCAUACUGAGUCCAGUAGUGUUUGUUGGGGUCUGUUUAGUUUCAGCAUUAUUAGUGCUGUUCUUUGCCUUCUGGGAUAUUAUGCAUUUAAGGAGUGGAGAAAGAAGCAAAAUCCCCGAAAUGAAAACCAGGGUACCAGUGCAGGCAGCCAAGAACCUCAAGAACAACCAAUGUUAUAAUGUGCACAAAGCAUGGAUGUGCAUCAUACGUCUUGAAAAAUGAAGCUUCUGGCUUAUUUAUUGCCCUCUCCAUGCAAACGAAUAGGACAUUAUUUACACUUCCAAUACACUUUUCCGAAAGUGUCUCAGCCCCUCAACAAAGAUAUUGGACUUCCUUCUUUUAAUGAUGCAAAAUGAUAAUUUUUACAUAAUUGAAAGACAGAAGUGCAAGACUGAAAUCUGUAUUUCUCCUGUCUCAGUGGCAACUGAGGAAAUGAUGCAUGACCAUUCAAAAACAUGACUGGGGUAACUAUACAAAGCUUAAUGCAAAUGGGUGAAGUGUCCCUUUAAAGGAAGCAGUUAGACAAGAUAAAUAUUUUUAGUAAAUUGACUUCUACUCUAUUAAAAGACAAUAACAAAUACUAUAAAUGUAAACAUUUAAUAGAAAAAGGUUUUGUUACAGUUUUCUACGCAAGGGCGUCACCAUCUUGCAAUACCGCAGCAUGUGACAUCACAGGCUUGGUUGCCCUGACAGUUGAGUACAGAUAAAAAAAAGAUAAACACUGUACAUAAACUGCAACUGAAAUGGAUAACAGUACUGAUUCACUCACUGUCUGUAGCAAAACUGAUAAGAAGGAGCCAUCGAUGGGCAGGGCAUGUGAAUGGAUCAGUAAUUUUCCACCAAAGCAUAAAGUUCCUGUAUGAAUCCUCAAGUAUACUUUAGUUGGUGCAGCCCUGAAAGUUGUAAGAAAUUGAAGUCUGCUUCGACUCAAAUUCCACUCUAAAAUAUAUUAUGAACAUGGUUAGAAUGCAUGGUUGAGUUUCAAAGCGUAUGAGUGUGCACUUGAGAUGGCCGUAGAAAGUGAACCAGACAUGAUCUGCUCGAUGCUCUGCUUUGCGUGUGUGUGAUGUCUGCUCAAUCAUGCACACACGCACUGAGGAGUGCGUUCGAGUGGAGUGCACUCGUCAGAAACAUCUUCUAAGGUCUUCUGAUGCCUUGUUGCUUUUAGCGUUUAUCUUUUUUCUGUUGGUCUAGCUUGUGGGUUGUAGUGUUAAUUACAUUUCCCAAGACACACACAAGUUUGACCUGACGUCCUCCAUUUGGACAACAAAGCACCUGAACACAGCAAGCUCUUAAUCACGACUCUUAAUUCAGUGGCGGUGGAUUAUAAUUUAAAAGAAUCUGUUGAAACUGAUUUUAUGUCUUUAGUUUCUCACACAGUAGUGCAGUAGGCCCGAUUUAGGUAUGAAAUAUUUAUAUAUUUAUGUUCAUUUUGCGUGAUCCAUAGCAGUGAGUGUUUUUUGCUCAUAACUUUUUAUAGUCAUAUUAAUGAGUGAUUUGUAUUUAGGAUUGAGUAUUUAAUCACCACAACCCGCAUUACUUUAGUAUCUCAAAAGAUAUCAGUUCUGUCUGUUGAAUAUCAUGACAAACCAAAGAUGAAAAUGUUACUAUUAAAACAGCAGAAAAAAAUAUUAAUUGCUUUAUUAUUUGUACUAUUUUGUCGAUCCUGCACCCGCAUUUUAUUUGAAUGUGCUUGAGGAUUCAGUUUCUCUUUUUUCCUCUUGCGUGGGAACUGACAUACACGCAAAAUGAGGCUGGAAAUAUGCGAUGUUGUGAUCUUUAAUGGAAGAAAGGCCUUGCAUGCUUUAUAAAUGAAACCCAGGGUCUUUCAUGUUGGUGCUAUUUUGUCAUGUUAUUUUACUUUUUUCUUUUUUUUGCUAUUUUAAUCAUAACAUUUCCAUCUUUGAUGUCAUGUAUCUUUUUUUAUGUAAAUAUUUUUAUAACUUUUUAAUACUACAUUAUUAGAAAUACUUGUGGACAUUAGAAAUACUUGUUUUACAUACAGGGCUUAGAUUAAGCCAGGAGUAAGUUAAAAUAAAGCAAUAAGCCCCAAGAAGCAGUGGGUUACCAGUGCAUUUUAUAACAGCUAAGGGGCGUCGUUAGGCACGACGCGAAGCAGAGUGCCUAAAACCCCCUUAGCUGUUAUAAAAUGCACUGUAACCCCACUGUUUCGCGGGACUUAUUGCUUUUAUAAAACGGUUACUUCAUAUACAUAGCAGGAUUUCAUAAAAUAAAACACAAAUAAGUUGUAAUUAUAUUAGUACAAAUAUUACUCUUCCGCCAAACAAAGUAGUUCCUCAGAAUCAAGAGUGGCUGCAACAGAUGGCAGUUCCCAACCAACACAGACGUAGCAAAGACACAAUGAAAAUAUGAUUUAAGACUGGGGUGUUUAUUUUAUAAAUCAACAUUCAUCUAAUUUAAUUUAAUUUAUACAUUAACAUUUAUAUCGUGCAACUGUUGAAGUGAUGAACAAAUAUGCUUGGAAGCAUGCUUAACUCUUUCCCCGUCAGCGUUUUUUUUUAAGUUGCCACCCAGUUUUAGUUUAAUGCCUUACAGAAAAAAUUAUCUUCUUUAAAUAAACAUAAAAUAUCAAAUGAAAGAACAGACCAUCCGCUUUCAAACAACAACAACAAAAAAACCUUCAUUUGUUCUCAUAUCAGUUAUCACCUCUCAACUUUUCAGCUAAAAGCGGAGAUAAGUAAGGGAUAAUGUAGAGGCAGCCGGUAGUUAUCGGGAAAUAAGCCCCGACAGUGUGAUCAGGACCCGACGCGAAGCGGAGGGUCUUGUAUCACACUGAAGGGGCUUAUUUCCCGAUAACUACCGGCUGACUCUACAUUAUCCCGCUUAUUACACGGCUACUUGUCACAUAAGAAAAAAAACUGGACAUGAAUAUGAAUUUGAAACAUUUUAUUGGCAUAUUUGUUUUAAAUUAACAUUUUUAUCCUUCCGCGAAACUUUGCACAGAUGCAAAAUGAUCGUAAUACCUUAUUAAGAUCCUCUGCUUCAUACUUGUCUGUCUCCAUUUUUUCUCUUUAACCAGUCUUUGAGAAGUUUUAAUGCCCAUUCUGUAUUUUUUUGUGUGUUGGCUUCGUAGCUGUCAUGCUCUAUUUUGUCAAGUUCAGUCUCAGUAAGCUGUCUGUGUCUUGUCGUGGUUGUCGAGUGUUUGUCACAAGAUGGCGCCAAACAGACAGUAAUCUUUAUUGAUCUUUAUUGGCGCGGAGCGAUCUUACUCGUAAAAGUAGUACCGGCUAUGCGUUAUUAUUUUGGAGCGGUUAUUAUUCGAAAAGAACGAACCUCCAAAUGUCUCAACUGACCAAUCAGAAUCAAGCAUUCCAGAGAGCCGUGUAAUAAUUCCAUUUAUGUGAAGAACUUUUGUAAGAGAUCAGAUUCAGAGCUCCAUUAAAACUUUACACGUCACGCUAAAUCCACAACAACGCUGUUGUGUCGAGUGAAUGCGUCAGUGUUUAAGUUGGGUAAGAUUGCCAUCUAGUGGAUAAUAACGGAAAUAUCAAUUUAAGACAAAAAGAACUCUGAGAACGUUUUCUCUUUAUUGACGAAGUGACUUAACACUAUCUAUGACAUUUAUCUGGAUAUCGCCAUAAUUGUGCAAAUGUAGAAAAAUAAAAAAAUGAUUAAAGACUGUGGUGUUUAUUUUCAUAAAUCAGUGGCGCAGUGAUACUUAUGUAAUACGGUCUGAACCGUGGGUUUACCGGGGUAUUUUAUCACGGCUUAGAACGCUUUUCAACCAAUCAGAAUGAAGAACCAGAACGAGCCGUUUUAUGUUUUAUGAUUUAAGUUACUUUAAUAAAUGUGCCAAAGAAAAACAUUAGUGUUUUUAAAGCUUUGAUUGUGUUUACAGUGCUCAAUAUAACGUGUUAAUAUUUCACUUUUCACACAAUUGACUUAUCUGUAUAGCGCUGUUUUCACUGUCCUAAAAACAGGCUGAUGUCUUCCUUGUUCUAUGAAGUCCCUCCUUCAGAAAUACGUAUAGAUUUCUGAUUGUGUAGUUUUUUUAGUGUUUUGUGAUUCGACAGCAGUUUAGCUUGCGGUUAGCUUAGCUGGCGACUGACUUAUUCCUGUGGGCGGAGUCUAGUCAAAAACUCUUAUAUUGACGUCAUUCAACCGAGAAGUAGAGGGCUGUAGUCCAAACCGGCCGUUCGCUGUAGGCUUUGAAAGGCGAAUUCUGUUAAAGAAAGUAUAUCGCCUGACAGUGAACUUUGAGCUUUAUCAUUUUACAGGUAUUAUUUAUGCUCUAACAGCAACAUUACACACUAACUAAAGUUUGAAAAAUGGCAUAAGGAAGAACGUGACCUUUAAUAGUGUACAUGUUCAGACAAAACAAUGACACUGAUAUAUUUUAAAUUAACUUUGCAAGGUUUUUUUAGUUAAUUAUGCAUUUAGUUCUGGCCCUGUCUGCAAUACUGGCCUUGAAUUUUGUUUAAUAGUUGUUUAAUUAGCAAGCUUUUAAUUGCUGUAAAUUUAUGGAUAGCCUACAUCAGGGCUAUUCAAAUCUUACCCUGGAGGGCCGGAGCACUGCAUAGUUUAGCUCCAACCCUGAUCACACACACCUGAGCAAGCUAAUCAAGGUCUUCAUGAUUACUAGACAAUCACAGGUGGGUAAGUUUGAUUAGGGUUGGAGCUAAACCAUGCAUGCAGUGCUCCGGCCCUCCAGGGUAAGAUUUGAAUAACCCUGGCCUACAUGAUCAGUGUCAUCUCAAAAAAUUAUUAACAAAUGCAAGAAAAGGAUUGUACCUCAAAAAUGCUUUUUCUGUAAAAAAACAGGAGAUAAAGAAUUUACAAACGUGGAAACCGAAACAUUUCAGCACUCGACAGCUGUGUUUUAAGAUUACUUAAGAUUCUCAUUUCACCAUAUCCACAGGUACAAAGUCAGGAUAUACAAUAAAUCUGUGGGGUAGCAUUAAAAAAAACAUUUCAAAAUAGAUGCAAUAUUUGCAUUUUUUUAAAGCAAAACCUUUAAUUAUUUAAAGGUGCAGUGUGUAAAUUUUUGCGGCAUCUAGUGGUAAGGUUGCAAAUUGCAACCAACGGCUCAGCCCACUGCUCGCCCCUUGCUUUUGAAAUCCAUAGAGAAUCUACAGUAGCCGCCACCGGAAAAACAUGUCAUCGUCAGAGACAAAAAAGUUUGUCCGUUCAGGGCUUCCGUAGAAACAUGGUGUCACAAAAUGGCGACUUCCACGUAAGGGGACCCUCAUGCAUAUAGAUAAAAACAUCUCAUUCUAAGGUAAUAAAAACGUAGUGAUUCAUUAUAAAAAUGUCUUUAUACACCCAUAAUAAUGUAGUUUUGUAUAUUAUAUUGCAUUUAUGUCAAGAGAUCCUUCUAAAAAUUACACACUACACAUUUAACAGGCUGCAGGUGAAGCAGCUCUUUACACUUUGUAAUGUCUUAUAAUCGGUCCUCCUUUAAGAUACUCAAUAAUAAUCUUUUAUAUUUUAAUCCUUUAAUUUUUCAUAUUUAAAAACGUUUGUGUGACUUUAGACUAGGUUUUAGUUGAUCAAUGGCGUAGUUUAUUUUAGUUGCCUCAAAAUUGCAACGCGCCAACAAUGCGCCUGAACACACCUCGUUUUCAGAUCAGAACGCCCAUGGGCGCAAAAUUGGGCGCAUAUGCAUUUGCUAUUUAAACAACGUGGUGCUAAACAUGAAAAGGAUAAUUGCGCUGGGUUGAAACUAGCAAAAGACACUUGUGUCGUGCAUUGCGCCGGUUGUAUGAUAGGGCCCUUUGUGUUUGUUGGUGUUUUUAGGUCGAGUUAACUCUGGGUUUUGGGGUGGCCGAGUAGCUUAUUUUAUUAGGUUGGGUCAACAGGUUAUUUUACAGUACUUUAUGCCACACUAUAUUCAAAACAUUACCUUGCUUUUGUUGUGUCCUGAUUUUUCGGUACUUCCCUUUGUUUCUUUUCCAUGUAAAACUGCUUUGUAACAAUGAAUGAUUGUAAAAAGCACUGUGUAUACACAUUUCCCAAGGGUUUUUUCCUCCUAGGACUUUUUUUCUUCCGGCUAAAAAAAGUACAGAUUUUUUUCUCCUAUGGGGUUUUCCAAGCCGGGGAGUCAGCUUAAUUUAGCACUUUCUUCUAUACGUUACAUUAGUAAUACGCUCGCUUAUAAUGUUGAUUCAUAGCCGCAGCAAAUUCUGCUGCUUAUGCUAUCUGUAUUAUGUUAUGCUAUCUGUCGAUUUUUCUGUGUUUUUCCUUGCUUCUAUUAAUGUAAAGCUGCUUUGAAACAAUUACCAAUUGUGAAAAGUGCUAUAUAAAUAAAAUUGAAUUGAAUUG